AUGCAAGCGAGAGGUACCAACAAUCUAGAGGAGCCCGAAGACGCAACCCCAGGCGCCCGUUCAGCUAAGGAAAUUGUUGAGCAACAAUUACUAGAGAAAUAUGAUAAAAAAGCUCAAACUAUGCGGAAAAAGGUAAAAAAAUCUGCUGAUAAAAGAUUCCAAGAUAACCUUAUAAGUGAUACUCAGUCUCCUAAAUAAACGCAAACCUACUGAAAAUACUUAUGCGAGCAUCAUGAGCAACCGUCGGGCGAUGAAGAAAGAGUCUCCGGCUAAGCCAAGAAGCACAAGUGUAGUUAAGGAAGAGAGAAAGAAUAGCAAUACAAAGCUGACGCAGUUCCUGUCUCCUGGGCCUCAGAAUACCUUCAAGGUUGACUUAGACUCUUCAUCUGAUUCCAGCGUACCUCAGAGUAACAAGAAAUAAGGAAAUCCAGAGGUACCAGAUUGACGAUACCCUCCAAAACCAAGAAACUCCCUCAGAUCAUGAAAAAUGGGAACAAAAACUUCGCCUGACGGUUGAGAAAUACGAAAACAUGUUAUGAUCCGUUAAUCAAGGCUUCAGAGACCUUAUACUAACCAAUGAGAACCUAGAGUUACAACUUCAGCAUGCUAGGCAACUCUUAAAGACACCAAACGAGUCAAACCAAUCUGUCGAAGCAAUAAAGCAAGCUUUCAUGAAGCAACAGAUGGAAUACGACAGAGCUCAAGAGCGGUUCCAGAUUGAAUCAGAAAGGCAUCAGGAAGAGAAAGAGGAGCUCCUCCAAAAGCUUCACGCUUCUAGCUUAAGAGUAAGCCAACUUGAAAGAGAAAUUAGCUACCAAGAGAACUUGAACCACAGCCUUGACGCAAUGAAGAACUACAAUAGCCAGGAGAAUAUAUACAAGACAGAAAACACGACUCUGAGAAUCAAGGUUGACGAACUUAUCUCCAAAAUCAACGAAAUCGAUCGUAACAGCAAACUUAAAGAUGAGUCUUUGACAACUUUAGCUUCUGAACUUGAAACCUGCAAAGAUUUGCUUAAUGAUUACGAGAUUUCUGAUUCACAGUACAAAAGGGAUGUCAUCAACCUAGCUCAAGACAAGGAAGAUUUGCAGAACCAGUUCCAAGAAUAUCAGCGUACUAUAAAAACUCUCGAAGCAUCAAAUACUCAAACCAAAGAUAGACUUCUCGCUCUUCAAAGAGAAAACGAGUUGCUACAGACCAGUAUUACUCAGACAAAACAAGACGAGCGCCGAUUACUGGAAGAGCUAAGCCGAUACAAGUCUCAGCUAAAUUCAGUCCAGGAAAGAUGCAAAUCCUUCGAAAUGGAUACCUUCAGGCAAGAGAAAACUCUUAAGUGCCUAAGCGAUGAGAAUUUAAGACUUAAAAGGCUCCUCCAAGACUCUGGAGAUGACAGUGAGGAAUCCAAAAUGAUUCUUCACAAAGAAAUGGAACUACAACAGCUCAAGCAACGCCAAAUGGUCCGAAGAGCUAGUAAAGGACGAAGCAUUGAACGAAUUCCCUGAGAUUUAUACUCUGCAAUGAGCUAUCCUCAUUCCUCACCUGAGGAGAAGAUUUAUGCAACCAGAGAUACAAGGUCUUCUGCUCAUGAAAGCAGCUCUUCGAAGUAUAUUCCUCCAGCUCAGCCAGGGCUAGGCGCAACUCCCUUCACAGAACCUGCGGCUGAAAUCGGUAAAUUCCAAAACACCUCUCACCACACCUUGAGUGAUGACCCAUUCUGGAAAAAUAGAGACACUGUCCAGCAAGAGACCAACGUCAAGAGAAUAACUGUCAUGAACAAUUUCAUCCAAAAUUCGCCUAAAAGAGGUAAAAAUAAGCAGGAAAAGCUCGAUCCUUCAAAAAUGGAGCCUGCUGGAAAGCUUAGCCUAAAUAAAUAGGCUAUCUGCCCAAUUCACUGGCUAAGGGCUUUUCGAAAGAUUUAGCAAAAUUUCAAUUUUA